AUGUCCGACACAUGAUGCAAACGUUUAUUUUCACUGUCACGCUCCUGAUUGGUCAGUGUUGUGUGUUGUGGACGUGCUGUACACUUCAGUCUCUUGCAGCAGAUCCGGAUCCACGUGUUGUAUUUAAACACAGAGGGGGGAAAACACAAGACAUGUCUCCUGCCGAGAGGACCAAGCUGCUCCUCUUCUUUGCGCUGUUCUCUGGAGUUGUUGGAUUUCUGCUCAUGCUGCUCUCCUGUGGGACAGAGUACUGGCUGCUGGCUGCCCAGUCCUGCAGAGACGAGGCUCUCGAUGAGGUGACGAUGUUUCACGAGGGCCUGUUUUGGCGCUGCUCCUUCACGGCCUCUUCCCUCCAGUACGCCACGUGGGGCCUUUUGAUCUCAAAUCAGCCAUCAUCAAAGAUCUGCCAGGCUGCUUUCCUCUUCCCAUUCCCUGUGAACGAGCCUGCCAGAGAUUUGGUGGAGUGGCACAGUUUCCCCAAAGAACCAUAUGAGCAUCCGUCUGCCAUCGUUUUCAGGACUUUCUGGAGCAUCUUUCUCGUCGCUGGUGUCGCAGCUGUCGUCACGGGUGAGUUUGUUGUGAUCUGUGCCGGCCCACUCACCAAUCACAGACUCUUCAAAGCAGGCGGGACUCUUCAGCUUUGUGGCGGUGUGUGUCUGCUGGCUGUGGUGUUGAUGUAUCUGCUGUGGGUCCAGGUCCUGGACACUCUGGAGCAGUUUGCCCUCCACCAGAGCCUCUCCAGCUGCCCGUCCUUCCAUCUCAGUGUGGAGCACGGUCCCUCCUUCCUCCUGGCUCCGGCCGCGGUCUUCUUCUGUCUGCUCGCGGGUCUGCUCUCCGUCCUGGUCGGUCAGAUCGUUCAGCGUGACGAGAAGAAACACAACAACAGCAUUCCUGACAUUUAAACACCCGUGGUUUGUCUUUUUCCUUCACUGAAACUUGAACUUUUCAAAGGCGAUGACGGAUUUUUCCCUUUUUUCCCUUCCAUCAGUAAGAGAUAAUUGGAAUCCUUCUCCAGAAAUUGGUCAUUAUAAAUGAUUUUUCUAAUCUA